AUGGAGGGUGGGAGUGGGCGCAGAGGAAACGCGCAAGAAGAAUGCAAUCAAUCCCAUAAUCGCCCACGCGCCGCCCCACCCCAACGCGUCUCCCUCUCCUCCUUCCCUCGCUGCCCCCGCCGCCCCUCCGCCUUCCCCCGCCGCCACGCAGUCCGCAGCCUCAAAGACGCCGCCGCCUCCUCCCCCUCCGCCAUCCCCGCCCCUUCCCUGCCCUCGCUGCCGUCGCUCCCGUCCACCCACCCCGCGCCUCCACAAGUCAUUCCCCUGAAGGACAUCCCCGCGUUCGUGGCGCGCAGCCCGCUGCUGCAGCGCGCGGGGCUGGCGCAGGCGGACGUGCAGCGCGACGCCGCGGCGUGGGGCGCGCUGGGGGGCGAGCUGGCGCUGCAGCUGGGGUUCGUGGGGGGGCAGGGGGAGGGGAAGGCGCAGCUGGAGGAGGCGCAGCUGCGGCGCAUCUUCCAGUACUACCUGCCGGUGUUCUCGUGGUGCUGGCGCCAGCUGCUGCACCAUCGACGCCACGCGCAGGGCGGCAAGGCGGCACCCACUCAGGCGCCGCCCCUCGUGAUCGGAAUCAGCGCCCCCCAGGGGUGUGGCAAGACAACGGUGGUGGAGUCCCUCGAGCACCUCUUUGCCGUCACUCACUGCACGGCAGCAACGGUGUCAAUCGAUGAUUUCUACCUCACCGCACAGCAGCAGGCUGCACUGCGCGAGGCUCAUCCCGCCAACCGCCUGCUUGAGCUGAGGGGCAACGCCGGCUCACACGACCUCGCUCUCGGCGUCUCCACACUCUCCGCACUCAAGAAGGCCUCAGCACCUGGCACCAAGGUCCCUCUUCCACGCUACGACAAGUCGGCCUUCUCCGGGCGGGGCGACCGCAGCCCCGAGGCAGCGUGGGUGACAGUGGAGGGGCCGGUGGACGUGGUGCUCUUCGAGGGCUGGAUGCUCGGCUUCCACGCGCUGCCCGCUCAUGAGGCUGCUGCCAUCGACCCUCAGCUGGGCGAGGUGAACGGGCGGCUGCAGCAGUACAGCGCGUGGCACGACAUGGUGGACUCGUGGGUCAUCAUCCAGGUGGCAGACGUUGAUUGGGUCUUCGACUGGCGCCUGCAGGCGGAGGUGGCGAUGAGGGCCACAGGCAAGCCCGGCAUGACUGAUGAACAGGUGCAUGACUUUGUGACGCGCUACAUCCCGGCCUAUAAGGCGUAUCUGCCGGCGCUCUAUGCUAGCGGGCCACAGGGCAGUCGCCCCGACCACACGCUGCGCAUUGACAUCGACCAGGGCCGCAACCCCGUUGGCUAG